ACACAUGCGCCCUAGAUUUCUAGCUUUAUAAUCGACUAAAUUUAGAAGUUGAUGCAUCGUCCUGCUGCCACAGAAGGAAUAAUUACAUGUCAGAUUAGUAGGGUUAUACUCGGAAAGAUCCUCUAUCUCCUUCUCUCCAGUUGCCCCAUCGUUUGUUUCUAUCUCUUUCCAAAAAGGAACAUUGAAAAAUACAUAAAUGGCGAACGGAUGACAUUUGGUUCAUUAUUUUAAAAAUGAUAAAAUUUUCCUAGUCGGUGUUUUUAUUUACAUUUCAUGAAUAAAACAUGUUGUUUAUUGUUGUUCACGAUAUUUUGAAUAGUGCAAGUGCGGCGUAGUGUUUGGAACCUGUACAAUAAACUGAAAACAAAAUCUUCGUAUAAAUGUUUUUUACUCGAUAAUAAUCUUUUAUUCUACUGUAUUUUCAAUAAAAACAAAUGCUUAGAUAGUUAAAUGAGUUAAAAAUGUGUCAAAGUUAAUGUCUAUAGGUGCCAGUGCUUUUUAAAUCGUACUCAAAUUAAAUCUAAACAAAAAUAGAGCUUCCCUUCUAGUUAAACUAGUCAAAAUGUAUAUUUAAACUAUUAUAGAUAUAAAAUUAAAUUAUAAAUAGCCGCACAAACUACUCGUGAGUGUUUUAAAUAUGUCACAGCACCCAAAAUGAUAAAUUACGUGAUAUUUACAAGUGUAUGAUUUUUGAGUGAAUAGUGAAAGAGUGAGUGAUUAUUAUAUUAAAAUGGUUACGAUGAACUCUUCGGAGAAGGCACAGAAGGCCUGUCAGCAGGGCCCGUCCAGAGACAACUCAAAAUGCGUGAAAGAAGACAAGGAAAAGGAUAAAGACAAAAAGGACAUAGUGCCGAAGAUACCUCCGAGUGUGCAGGCGCUCAUGUCCACCAUCCCCUCCCCGGAGGAGUCUCCAAACUACCUCAUCUACAAGAAGAUGGAAGCCAUCAUUGAAAAGAUGCAGGAUGAGAACACAGGAGUCCCCGUGAGAACUGUCAAGACCUUCAUGACUAAGAUACCUUCUGUAUUCACCGGCACUGAUCUAGUAAACUGGCUGAUGCGACAUCUCACUCUGGAAGAGAGGGACGCCCUACACCUCGCUCACUUGCUCGCUGCCCACGGCUAUCUGUUCCCUAUAGAUGACCACAACCUUACUGUGCGGAAUGACAACACUUACUACAGAUUCCAAACACCAUAUUUCUGGCCCUCUAACCAGUGGGAACCGGAGAAUACCGAUUAUGCGGUGUACUUGUGCAAGCGGACGAUGCAGAACAAGGCCCGGCUGGAGCUGGCCGACUACGAGGCCGAAUCCCUCGCCCGGCUUCAGAAGAUGUUCAGCCGGAAGUGGGAGUUCAUCUUCAUGCAGGCCGAGGCCCAGAGCAAGGUGGACAAGAAACGCGAUAAGCUCGAGAGGAAAGUUCUGGACAGCCAGGAGAGAGCCUUCUGGGAUGUUCACCGCCCGAUGCCCGGUUGCGUGAACACCACAGAGUUGGAUCCUAAAAAGCUGUCCCGUAUCAACGCGCUGAAGGCCAAACGGAUGCGACAGUGCCAAGAGCUCAUACAGCAGCAUAACCUCAAGAACAACCCUAUAGUGACAAUCACCAACCCCGAGGAAAGCGAGGAAGAGAUACAGAAGAAAGCUGAAAACGUCGUUAAAGAAAACGGUGAAUCCUCCGAACCUGAGAUAACUGUCUGCAUUCCCGAGGCUAACAAGAUUUCCACGCCGAGUAUAGAGCGGCAGGUGGAGGCCGCGAGACGAAACCUCGCGAUGUUGCGAGCUCGCAUGGAGCGGCGCAACGUCCGCGUCAGCAAGGUCGCUGAAAUCUUCAUAGCGUACUGCGAGCAAUACGCCGAGUACGAUAUGUUCCUCACCCCCCCGGAGUACCCCAACCCGUGGAUCCACGACACCACCGAGCUGUGGGAGCAGGAGAAGCAAUGCAAGGACCCGCUGCCUCUGCGGCGCGUGCGUCGCUGGGCCUUCGGGCUCCGAGAGCUGCUCAACGACCCCGCCGGCCAGGAGCACUUCGCGAAGUUCCUCUCCAAGGAGUUCAGCGGGGAGAACCUCAAGUUUUGGCUAGCGGUGCAGGAUUUGAAGGCUCAGCCGAUCCGGCGCGUUGCGGCCCGCGCCAAGGAGAUCUGGAAGGAGUUCCUGGCGGCCGACGCGCCUUCUCCCGUCAACAUCGACGCCGCUAGCAGGGAGCUGACCCGAGUGAAGGUGGAAUCCGGCACGGCAGACAGAUACUGUUUCGACCAGGCGCAGGCUCACGUAUACCACCUGAUGAAAUCUGACAGCUACUCGCGGUACUUGCGCUCAGAGAUGUAUAAGGACUAUCUCAACGGAUCUAAGAAAAAGACAUCAGUCAAAGGAAUCCGGUCCAUCGUUUCAUUCACCGCGCGUAAGGAGACCACCAACUAACGAACACAUAGAAACUGUGUGAAGCAUAUUGUGAAGACUUGUGAAACGUAUAUGUCGGUUUUAACUGUAACUACGUAUUUGGUACGAGUUUCGUAACUUUGGUAACAGCAGGUGGUGUGAUUUUCGUAACGACGGCAAGAACUAGUACUAGUUUCGUAACCUAGGAAACAACUGGUACUAGUUUCGUAACCUAGGAAACAACUGGUACUAGUUUCGUAACCUAGGAAACAACUGGUACUAGUUUCGUAACCUAGGAAACAACUGGUACUAGUUUCGUAACUUAGGAAACACCUGGUACUAGCUUCGUAACCUAGGAAACACCUGGUACUAGUUUCGUAACCUAGGAAACAACUGGUACUAGUUUCGUAACCUAGGAAACAACUGGUACUAGUUAGUUUUGUAACCUAGGAAACAACUGGUACUAGUUAGUUUUGUAACCUAGGAAACAACUGGUACUAGUUUCGUAACCUAGGAAACAACUGAUACUAGUUUCGUAACCUAGGAAAUAACUGUUACGAGUUUCGUAACUUUUGUUAAUCGCUUGGGAACUUAAGAGUAAUAGGGGAGAUGGUUUAAAACAAGUAUUUUUUUUUUAAUUUCUGACAUUUUAAAGCGUGUUUUUACGCAAAAAUAAGUCGAAAAUUGUGACUUUACGUACAAUAUUUUAACGUUGGCAUUUAUUAGUUAUUAAAAAGAAAUAAAAAAGCGUUACAUCUAACGCUCUAUGUAUCUAAGAUAUUUUUUUGUCAUUUAUUGAUAAGAAAAUGAAUGUUUUCUUGUAAUCAUUGACUGGGACUGACAGUUAUUUUGACAUCAUAAGCAGUAACAGUACAGUUUUUUUUUUAACUUCAGUCUGAUAUUCUCAUAAUAGAAUCUAAAUUUUGGAGAGAGAAUCCAAAAUAAAAAAAAAUGAUCUGAAGCUACAUAUGUUAUUUUAUUAAGAGACAAUGUCAGUGUAUUAAAAUUAUAUCUAAAAUAGAAAACAUAUUGUAAGUAAAUACCUAGUUAAAACAUUUCCGACUAAAAAUAGGGUAAAUCUUCAAUUAAUGGUCACCUCCUAAUAACUGGCCAC